AGAGCUGACCAAACUUCCAGGGCUGCUGCGGACAGCGGGGAAGUUUGGAGAGGAAAAGAAAUCAGACUUCGUGGUGUUGAAAAGCCACCAACACAUCACAACUCAGACAGGCCGAAGCCGGGCAGCCACUAUGGACGACUUAGACGCGUUGCUGGCGGACCUGGAGUCUACUACGUCCCACAUCUCAAAGCGACCUGUGUUCUUGCCUGAAGAGACCCCCUACUCCAUCCCCACUGGAGGACACUCCUACCAGGAUGUGUCAGUCCCACCUCCAGUCCCUCCUCCACCCUCAGCCGAGGCUCUGAACGGGUCCCUGAUAGAUCAGCCGGACUCCCACCACUCCUCUCAGCAGUCGUUAGGUUCAGGCCAGAAGAGCUCAUGGUCCAGGGACAGUAGCAGCUCUCCAUUGUCUCACAUUGAAGAGGACCACGUCUACAGUUUUCCAAACAAACAGAAGUCAGCAGACUCGUCAGCAGCAGCCAUGACCUCUGCCAUGGGCAGUAACCUCUCAGAGCUCGACAGACUGCUGCUGGAACUCAACGCAGUGCAACAGAGCUCCCCUUCAUUUCCCACUACAGAGGAGGCAGCUCCACCUUUACCUUCCUGCAGCAUCACCCACUACGAGAACGGCAACGCCCCCGACAUCAUGGUGAGCCCUCCCCCUCAUGAGAAACCCAAGAGGAACGGAACGAGGCUGGAUGAGGCCCGACCCACCGUGGAGAGUCUGCUGGACGAGCUGGAGGGUUCAGUGCCGUCACCCAGCUCCUCUGCUCACCACAGCGAUUUGGACACACCCUCUCAGCAGCAAGCCAGGAUUUCAGCUUCCUGUGCCACAAGAGAGCUAGACGAGCUGAUGGCCUCUCUGUCUGACUUCAAGAUCAUGGCCCAAGGGAAGGGCGGCGUUCCUGGUGGGGCUCCCACACAGGUCAACAAGCUGGACAACAUGCUUGGUAGCCUUCAGUCUGACCUCAACAAACUGGGUGUUCAGACGGUCGCUAAAGGAGUUUGUGGAGCCUGUUGUAAGCCAAUUGUGGGACAGGUGGUGACUGCUAUGGGCCGCACGUGGCACCCUGAACACUUUGUGUGCACGCACUGUCAAGAGGAGAUAGGCUCCAGGAACUUCUUUGAGCGAGAGGGACAACCGUACUGCGAGACAGAUUACCACAACUUGUUCUCCCCACGGUGCUACUACUGCAACGGCCCCAUACUGGAUAAAGUUGUGACGGCGCUGGAUAGGACUUGGCAUCCUGAACACUUCUUCUGCGCUCAGUGUGGAUCUUUCUUUGGCCCAGAGGGCUUUCAUGAAAAGGAUGGAAAAGCCUUUUGCAGGAAGGAUUACUUUGACAUGUUUGCACCAAAAUGUGGUGGCUGCGCCAGAGCCAUCUUGGAGAACUACAUCUCAGCGCUGAACAGCCUCUGGCAUCCUGAGUGUUUUGUCUGCAGGGAGUGCUUCACCCCGUUUGUGAAUGGAAGUUUCUUUGAGCACGAUGGCCAGCCAUACUGUGAAGUGCACUACCACGAGCACCGUGGCUCCCUCUGCUCUGGCUGUCAGAAGCCCAUCACGGGGCGCUGUAUCACAGCCAUGUCCAAGAAGUUCCACCCGGAGCACUUUGUCUGUGCCUUCUGCCUGAAACAACUCAACAAAGGCACCUUUAAAGAACAAAACGACAAACCCUACUGCCAUGGCUGCUUCGUCAAGCUGUUCAGUUAGGGAGUUAGCGAGAGCAGCUAUGGAUCAGGGCUUAGAUCAGUGUCUAAAGCAUCUUUAGCAUAGGUAGGGUGGGGAUUGGAUUUAUUGUGUUUGUAUCAAAGAAGGCUGUCUGUAUUCUGAUGGUGACCUUGGAAGUGUGUAUGGAUUAAGUAUGUGCAUGUGGUUGAAGCAGCAUACAGUUUCUGCUAAAAUACUUUUAACUUGUCCUUCAGAAACUUGGAAAAAUGUCCCUAUUUUCAGACUGCCAGCUUUGCAUUUUGCAUUAAGGCACAGUAGGAUUUGAGUGGGUCAGUGGCCAAAGUGUGAUGCAGAUAUACUCAAAAGGUGACAUUACAAGGGUUUUAUUCAAACCAACACUGAUGUAUACAAGACUAAGGUUUUUUGGGGGUAUUUUCAACAGGCAAAGAGCUGUAAUUUUCUGUGUUUUCAAAUAUUUUUAGUUUUUAUCGUGUUAGAUGGUGGUGAAAUCUUACUGAACACUGUAGAAAUUCAAGAAAAACUAGGCAUGUUUGACAUUUUUGCUCACUGGUUGAGCAUGUCAUUUUAGAAACCAUAAAAAACGAAACAUAGAAAAUCAGAAACAUAUAGCAGAUGACCUGUUGUUUUUUACAAUUACAAUGUAAACUGUUUUUGCAACUGAGGAGGGUAGAAAGCUUAUUCCCCACAUGAGAUAAAGUUGAAAGAGCAGAUGGAUAAAUCCAUAAUAUCACUGUAGCAUUGACUGGAAAUGGACUGCCUCAGCUAUUUUGUAUGUGUGAAAAAUCAAACAACACAACCACACCUAUUGUUUAGCCAAAGGCAAACUAUGCAUGGAUGAAUAUUUUCACAGUGAUUGUCAAUGCAGAAGUUCAGUAUGUAGUCAUCCACCAGUAGCUGCGGUGUUCCCUCUCAAUCACAGACGUUUGAACAAACUCUGCGUAUUUGUGCUGCCAAAUCAUUCCUUGUAUUUUCACAGAAGAAAUAGAGAAAACAAUCUGGAAAUCAGAUUUUUUUUUACAGUUGUCUCUUACAGUGAAGUGGAAUCACACAAAGAUAUUGGGAGUAUAUUAUGCAUCUCUUAAACUACCAUUACUGUUUCUAGGUACAUCCUGACAAGUUUUUGUAAAUAUCAAAUGCAGCUACAAUGUAAGCAAAACGCUGGCAUGCUCAGCAUGUAUAUGUGUUUAAUAACCACUCAUUUAAAGAAGGAGAGGGCUGGUGAGGAGGCAUAGCAAAGAUAUUUUGAUAUUUUUGGUAUCAUUACUGUAUUGAGAAGCUGAUGAAUGUUCACUAUUUUGAAAUAAUUUGCCUGUGAUAUUCCAAUGACUCUGCAACUGUGGAUUAACAACUUUGUAUUUCUGAUGUAAAAGGCUGUCUGUGCCAUUGUAUCAGUACCAUGUCUAAUAACACUGGCAAAUUCAGCAAAAUACUGGUAACUGGUAACAGGUCAAUAGUCCGCAGUUAUGUUUUCAUGUAUGAGUCCACUGAGAAAUAAUGGCUGUAAAAGUGAGAACCUGGUGGUCGGUUGAUGACUCGUUUCCCCUCAGCAUCUAAGUAGCAUCUACUGUACGACCACCAGGCUGGGUCUCCACAUGGGAUCAUGACAUGCAGCAGAUAUAUCGGGCCUUUCGUCUUUUUCAGGGAAUUCUAGAGCCUUAAAUCUUUUCUCACUCUAUUUAAGAGAUCAUGUAACAGUUGUCUUUUCAAAUCAAUUGAGUAGAGUGUUAUUUAACCAAAGCCAUACCUUUUUAGAGUUGUGUCUGUGUCUUUUUUUUUUCCCUUUUCACUCUGAAUGUCAGUAGUAAUGAAUAGUGCGAUUCCUUGCAUCUUGUCUGAUUAAGCAAAUAAAUUCAGUUUUGUUAUUAAAAAGUA